AUGACCACAUUUUUCACCAGCGUCCCCCCCUGGAUUCAAGAUGCAAAGCAGGAGGAGGAAGUGGGCUGGAAACUAGUGCCCCGGCCUCGGGGCCGGGAGGCGGAGAGUCAAGUGAAGUGCCAAUGUGAAAUCUCGGGGACACCCUUCUCAAAUGGGGAGAAGCUGAGGCCUCACAGCCUCCCCCAUCCAGAACAGAGACCGUAUAGCUGCCCUCAGCUGCACUGUGGCAAGGCUUUUGCCUCCAAGUACAAGCUGUAUAGGCACAUGGCCACCCACUCAUCCCAGAAACCCCACCAGUGCAUGUACUGCGAUAAGAUGUUUCACCGCAAGGAUCAUCUGCGGAACCACCUGCAGACCCAUGACCCCAACAAGGAGGCCCUCCACUGUUCUGAGUGCGGUAAGAAUUACAAUACGAAGCUGGGCUACCGGCGCCAUCUGGCCAUGCAUGCCGCCAGCAGUGGCGACCUCAGCUGCAAGGUGUGCCUGCAGACCUUCGAGAGUACCCAGGCCCUGCUGGAGCACCUGAAGGCCCACUCACGCCGGGUAGCAGGUGGUGCCAAGGAGAAGAAGCACCCCUGUGACCACUGUGACCGGCGGUUCUAUACUCGUAAGGACGUGCGGCGGCACCUGGUGGUCCACACAGGCCGGAAGGACUUCCUGUGCCAGUACUGUGCCCAGCGUUUCGGCCGCAAAGACCACCUGACGCGUCAUGUCAAGAAGAGCCACUCGCAAGAGCUGCUCAAGAUCAAGACGGAGCCGGUGGACAUGCUUGGCCUGCUCAGCUGCAGCUCCGCAGUCAGCGUGAAGGAGGAGCUGAGCCCCGUGCUGUGCGUGGCCUCCCGGGACGUGGUGGGGGCCAAGGCCUUCCCUGGCAUGUUGCCCAUGGGCAUGUACGGUGCCCACAUCCCUGCCAUGCCCAGUGCGGGCGUGCCACACUCCCUGGUGCACAACACGCUGCCCAUGGGCAUGAGCUACCCUCUGGAAUCCUCACCUAUCUCUUCUCCAGCUCAGCUUCCUCCAAAAUACCAGCUUGGAUCUACCUCAUACUUGCCCGACAAAUUGCCCAAAGUGGAGGUGGAUAGUUUUCUGGCGGAGCUUCCUGGAAGCCUGUCUCUCUCAUCCGCUGAACCCCAGCCCACCUCACCUCAGCCGGCGGCAGCUGCGGCCCUCCUAGAUGAAGCACUGCUCACCAAGAGCCCCGCCAACCUCUCUGAGGCUCUCUGCGCUGCUAAUGUGGACUUCUCCCACUUACUGGGCUUUCUUCCUCUCAACCUGCCCCCAUGUAACCCACCUGGGGCCACAGGAGGCCUGGUCAUGGGCUACUCCCAGGCUGAGGCUCAGCCCCUGCUCACCACUUUGCAAGCUCAGCCUCAAGAUUCCCCAGGGGCUGGGGGACCACUGAACUUUGGGCCACUGCACUCCUUGCCACCUGUCUUCACCUCUGGCCUGAGCACCACGACCCUGCCUCGUUUCCACCAGGCAUUCCAAUAG